CCACCACCAUAGCACCAAUCCGUACUAUACUAUCAUGGACGCACUUUUCCACCUGGCUGCCAGAGCCGUCGACAAGAAUGGCAUCGAUCCUAACAACAUCGAUGUAAACAGCACGGAUCCCAUGGUCAUUGGCAUGUCAAGACGAUACUGUACAGUGGGCAAGUGUCCCGAAUCAUGGCAAACCAUCGACUAUCGACCAACUAUUGCCGGCAAUGUCAUCUACAUGCUCUGCUUCUUCGUUCUUUUCAGUGGGCAGCUAUGGUUUGGCAUCCGAAGUAGAGCAUGGACUUUCAUGGGUACAAUGUGCGCUGGUAUCCUUGGAGAGAUUGUUGGUUACAUUGGCCGCAUCAUGCUCAACCUAAAUCCCUUCCUGAUGAACAACUUCCUUGUGAACUUGAUCCCUCUUACGCUCGCUCCUGCUCUACUUACGGCUGGUAUCUAUUUGUGUCUGGGGCGUGUCAUCGUCGCCAUUGGUAGUGAGAACUCUCGUCUCAAGCCAAAGAUGUACACCUACAUCUUCAUCAGCUGCGAUGUGCUUGCUCUCAUUCUCCAAGGUGUUGGUGGUGGCAUGGCUGCUACUGGCAAGGACGCCAAGGGCUCGAAGCGCGGUGUCGACAUCAUGAUUGCUGGUCUGAUAUCUCAGGUCAUCACCAUGACUCUCUUCCUCGCUCUCUGGGCCGACUUCGCACUCCGCACUCGCCGCGCCAGGCUCUCCGGUUCCCUGGCUCGUAGCCAGCCGCCUCUAUACGAGCAGCUUCGCGCCUACAAGACGUUUGCUCUUUUCCAGUGGGCUUUAUUCGCCGCCACAAUCUUCAUCUACGUGCGAUGCAUCUACCGUGUCGCCGAGCUUUGGGACGGCUUCAAUGGUCACCUUGCCAACGAUGAAGUCACUUUCAUGAUCUUUGAGGGACCCAUGGUCAUCCUUGCAGUUACAGCCCUCACCAUCUUCCACCCCGGGCGUGUGUUUGGCGACCUCUGGGUUCCUGCUGGAAAGGGUGUCAGGUCCAUGGGAAAGCUCUCUGACGACCGUGAAGCGUCCAUCCAGCUCAAUGAGGCCGAGUGGAACAGCACCGCAUACCAGCGCGUCGAGCAGCCCAGCAACGUUGUCUAAGCCUUUGAACGCAGCUCGAUUUGUUUGCGAGUAUUGAUAUGAGAUGAAACAAGAUGAAGACGCGCAACAGAUAGUUCGACAUCACGAGGUGUCCAUGAUAAUCAAGGGAUUUUGCUAGUUAUGCAGGUUUUACUUGAGCACUGUAGCUCGUCACUCCUGCACUUGGGUUUGGAAUUUGCAUAUACCCUAAAGAACACAAUAGAAUAGGAUUCACUUC